AUGUCGUCCGGAGUGAAUGUGCACCCGCCAUUGCAAACUGGUUCGUCAAUCUCACACGAAGAUGAUAUUCCGCCUCAGCCACUAGACCAACACGAACCUCAGUAUCAGAAUGGCCUGGGUCUAGCCUUAUCACAUGACCGGUCCGACAUUGAUAGUCCUAUCCAGCCGCCAGAAACGAUCCGCCCCGACUCGCAAAGUAAGCCUGCCGUCGCUUUUCAUCAGCUGCCGAUCGAGGUAUUAGAAAGGAUACUAUGGAUGGUCGACGCCAACGUCUUCGCAUCUUUGGCCAUACUGAAUCGCAAUUGGUACAAAGCGGCACAGAACCGAGAACUCUACGCCCACCAUCUAUCUCGAUGUCCAUCAUACGCCUUGUCCAACACGAUCAUCACCGGUCCGUUCCGCAAAUUUGAUCUCUACCGCCUGAAGACCAAGUUCGCUGCAGAAGUUCGCCGCAACCUGUUCGAAGCAUACUUGAGGCCGCGCCAGAGUCUUGUCAACUUGAUUUCCGUGAAUGCAAGUUCUUCUGCCGCCUUGCCGGGUGCGGAGGCAUUCCGGUUUUCGUUUUCUCCCAAUGGCCAGACGAUCCUCGCCCUCAGCUCAUCGAGGAUAUAUGUGAUCGAUCCAGUCACCGAGCCUAUCACUGUGCGCCAUGAACUCAAGACUAUGAGACGGCCGUUAGCUGCGUCAAUCACGGAUGACGGCACAAUCCUGGCCGUCUUGUCAUCGAAGCAUCAAGCCAACGUGUACCAUCUGACAGCAGAAGGUGUCAAGCACGUGCAGGUCUUGGUCAUGGAUAACCCGCCGAGGACGAUUGCGUUAGCUCCGGAGGGCACGGUGCUGGCUGCUUCUUAUGAAGGUGGGGUUGAGGUCUUUUCGCUGGCUCCCAACGCCUUGUCGACUGACCGACGAGCUGUUCGAAGUGAAGGAGUUGACACCCUGAACUUCUCUGGCGACGGGUCGAUGCUUGUCGGCAGUACUCAGAGUCUGGAGGAACCGUCAGCUGUGGUCAUUACUGCUCCAUUCUACACCGAGAACGACCUGCCGCCAAAAGAGGUGCACAGUCGGAUGUGGACGACCCAGAUUCUCUUUCCUCAAAUCAGCAGUAUCUGCAGCCACGCUGAACUACUGCAAGGACACACCGAAGGCGAUGCAAAUUGGAUCUUUGCUUAUGAUCACACCCUCAUGUCGUACAGGGCAGUGCGGACCGAUGACACCAGAACAGGCGUGGCCUACUUUUUGAAUCCCGCAACGAACCGUCGAUUCAGCUUGCCAGUCCCAUCAACUGCUCCAACCGCCACAGUGUGUGGGACCCUCGUUGUCGCUGGGUUUAGUGGGAGCGGCCUCUGGAUUUAUGGAGUCCCCGAAAAGCUUGACGUUGCUCCGGACAUGGGCUCUGUCGUGGAACGUCAUGAGCACCGUCUGCAAGGCAGAAACUUCCCGCUCACCUCUGCAACCGGUCAUGUGGAGCCUCUGAUGGCGUAUUCGCCCUCGGUAUCUGGAGGCAGUGAUGAUUUUGAGGAUGACUCGCUUGCUGCGAAAGUUGAGUGGCGUGAGAGCUUGUUCGUCAAAUGCCAACACAUUAGGAGUCUGGAUGGUGCUACUGCAGCAAAGUGGGUGGAAAGGUGCGAAGAUAGACCGUGCAGUUUCGGCGGCAAGAGAUUGGUUGUUGUGGCCCCUGGUGGCAUCGACCAGUUUGCUGAAGAACUCGGAGAUGAGACCAUGCCCGUCGAUGGGUCCCGCCUCUCGAUCUUGGACUUCGAUUACUCGCCAUCUACAGGUCCCGACCGUGAAAUCACUAUUGAGGUCGGCGAGAAAGAACCAAUGCUCCUUACUGAACAAAUUGGUGACAUGGAGAUCGAAGUUGCAAUGGAAAGACGACGAACUGUGAGAGAACGGGCAAGAGGGGGAAUCAGGGCACCUCUGGGUCGUUCAGCCACUAUGGCCUCGGCGAACCAGGGCUCGAGGCUCAGGAGUGUCUCCCAAGCGUCUUCGCCUUUGGAUAUCGACGCUCAAAUCGCUCUGGCCAAUGCUGUACCGCGCGCACCUCAGCCCGCUCAGCAGCCGUCACCGAAUCUGCAUCGCGCUGCCACGGCUGCUGGGUUCUCUACAGCUCGAUAUCCUCCCCGGCCACCUCUCGCGCAGCAACAGGCUGGGUCCCAACCUCAGCAAUUGGACGGCUGGGAGACACCCCCUCCGCCCUAUACCUCUCCGUCUCUUCGUGGCCACACCCCGGUGCAGUUGGGCUCGCCCCUUAUCCAGGCUCGUCCAAUGGGAGUGACGCCUAUGCAAAUGGCGGGAAUCCCAGAAAACGGGCACGUCACGCAUGUACAUCCAGGAAUCGGCCACGGCCAUCCCAUGCACCACCAAGCACAAUUCGCGCCUGUCCCGAUGCACGUUCCCCCUCAACCGGCUCAUGUAAUGCCGCAGAACGUUCUUCCUCCUGGCCGCAGUGGACCUCAAUAUCAGGCUUCGGUGCCCACAUCGAGACCCGACCUGGCAUAUGCUCCAGCAGCUGACACAUUCAAGCCUCCGAGCCCCAUCUACCAUGGUCCCCCUGCAGGCGCAAACUUUGCUCCGACAGCUUCAGAAGGCUCAUCGAGACCGGUGUCUCAUGAGGGCCGGAUAUCGCCCUACCAACAGACAGCGGUGUCCCAACGACUACAGAAUCCUGACCAUUCAACUCCCGCCAAUCUUACACAACCGUCUCACAAUGCGUUCAAUGCAGCUCAAACACAGCAACCUUCCUCAAGCUCAGUCACAUUGACAGGGCCGAAUCUACAAGCCCGUCUGCAGCAGCCCGUCCCGCCAACUCCGCCAUCGUUCCAGCAUAUGUCUCAUGUGUACGACGAUACAAGUCUACCUAACGCGCAGCAAUUUGCAGCCCUCCCUGGCACUCAGGCAGGUCCAUACGGUGUGGCGCCUCCGACAGCCGACCAAAUGGCCAACCUGAACCGUCGAAUGUCCAACACGACACGAAAACCCGUGGCACCCAUCACGACCAAUGGUGCUCCUUAUUCAAAUUCGGCGAGGCGUGAUCUCAGUGGUGGUUCGGGUGUACCGCCAUCGCCACCUCCAGGUGCCUGGGGCGCCGCCGGUGUCCCCGGUUCUCCCUCGUUCAACCAAGCCAUCAACGCUCCCAAUGGUCUAACGAGGGACAAUUCGAGAGGAAGUGGUCGGUCGAUACCUAUUUCUGCGUCUACGCCAAACUUGCAUGCUGCUCCGUCAGCCCGUGCUCAGCGACCGGGGAUGGGCAGAUUAGACACCAUCGACAGUAUAUCCAGCUCAUACGGACCCGGGGAACCAGCUCCAAGAUCGCUCAGUAUUACGCAGCCACUGUCCCAACUGCCGCAGUCGCAAGCGCCACACUAUCCAUACCAUCAACAUCUACCACAGCAACAAUUGCAAUACCAGCAGACGCAGAAUUUCCAGCCAAGGGCUUGGACGGGCGACAGUGACGGUGUCAGCCCGAUCCAGGACGGCGGUCGACGAGUGCUGUCCGAUCCCACGCUGCUAGCCUCAAGCAAGAAGAGAGGCAAGCGGAAGAAGGGCGAAGAAGUGCCACCACGGAGCCAGACCCCCAAUCCGACCAGCUCGGGGGGAGUGAAAGAAGCAAAGAAAAAGGGAAGUAGAUGUGUGGUCAUGUGA